AUGGCGCUGACGGUGGAUGACGCGAUCGCGACGCUGUUCACGCUGACUCAGCAUGACGAGCAGCCGGGCGUGCAGGGUCUCACAUCCACCAUGGUGUACGACGCAUCGUACAGGACGUCGUACACAGCUGUCCCUUCCAGCUGUCCCUUCCAGCAGUCCUUCUCCCCUGCUUUUCACCCCAACCCUCCCUCCCUCCAGACUACGCCGAGGUGGCGGCCGCCCUGCUUGCCGUCCCUUGCAGCUGUCCCUCAUAUUCACCCCCUUCUCCCCUCUUUUCCACCCCCUUCUCCCCUCUUUUCACCCCCUUCUCCCCUCUUUUUCACCCCCCCGUCUUCAUGCCAUGGUCACCCAAACCCCCCCUCCCCCUCCCCCCUUCCUCCAGAGUACGCGGAAGUGGCGGCCUUCCAGCUGUCCCUGGAGGACGACACAGCCGCCAUCAACCAGCUGGUGAGGGGGAUAGAUGAGAAGGGAAGCGAGGGAGAGCAGGGAGGGGAUGGAGGGGAGGGUGAGGGGGUUGGCGGCCUUCCAGCUGUCCCUGGAGGACGACACUGCCGCCAUCAACCAGCUGAUUUUACUUUUUUGGUGGUCCUCUGUCUACAUGCACCCUCUCUUUUAUCCCUCUGUCUGCAUGCACCCUCUCUUUUAUCCCUCUGUCUGCAUGCACCCUCUCUUUUAUCCCUCUGUCUGCAUGCACCCUCUCUUUUAUCCCUCUGUCUGCAUGCACCCUCUCUUUUAUCCCUCUGUCUACAUGCACCCUCUCUUUUAUCCCUCUGUCUGCAUGCACCCUCUCUUUUAUCCCUCUGUCUGCAUGCACCCUCUCUUUUAUCCCUCUGUCUGCAUGCACCCUCUCUUUUAUCCCUCUGUCUGCAUGCACCCUCUCUUUUAUCCCUCUGUCUGCAUGCACCCUCUCUUUUAUCCCUCUGUCUGCAUGCACCCUCUCUUUUAUCCCUCUGUCUACAUGCACCCUCUCUUUUAUCCCUCUGUCUGCAUGCACCCUCUCUUUUAUCCCUCUGUCUGCAUGCACCCUCUCUUUUAUCCCUCUGUCUGCAUGCACCCUCUCUUUUAUCCCUCUGUCUGCAUGCACCCUCUCUUUUAUCCCUCUGUCUGCAUGCACCCUCUCUUUUAUCCCUCUGUCUGCAUGCACCCUCUCUUUUAUCCCUCUGUCUGCAUGCACCCUCUCUUUUAUCCCUCUGUCUGCAUGCACCCUCUCUUUUAUCCCUCUGUCUGCAUGCACCCUCUCUUUUAUCCCUCUGUCUGCAUGCACCCUCUCUUUUAUCCCUCUGUCUGCAUGCACCCUCUCUUUUAUCCCUCUGUCUGCAUGCACCCUCUCUUUUAUCCCUCUGUCUGCAUGCACCCUCUCUUUUAUCCCUCUGUCUGCAUGCACCCUCUCUUUUAUCCCUCUGUCUACAUGCACCCUCUCUUUUAUCCCUCUGUCUGCAUGCACCCUCUCUUUUAUCCCUCUGCCUGCAUGCACCCUCUCUUUUAUCCCUCUGCCUGCAUGCACCCUCUCUUUUAUCCCUCUGUCUGCAUGCACCCUCUCUUUUAUCCCUCUGUCUGCAUGCACCCUCUCUUUUAUCCCUCUGUCUGCAUGCACCCUCUCUUUUAUCCCUCUGUCCCGUCCCACUCUCUGCAUUCCACCGGCUUCUAUCUCUCUUCCCCUCCCGAACACCCAUCAUCCAUUCUUCGCAUGUGCGCAUGAAUGACUCCCAUCAUUUCCCAUCACUGCAGGAAGCCCUAUUGGCAGAUGGCAAGGACAGGCUUGCAUCGCUCUACACCUACCGCAGCGUCUCCAAGUCCUUUCCUCAGUCAGUGCAAGCUCUGGACGAGAACGCAGAGCCGGGUCUGCUACAGGAGGCGUUUGCGAUCGUAGAUGUGGAGAUCCAACGGCUGAGAAACAUUCAUCAGUGGCAGAUGCGAGCACGGUCGUUGAUUGCUGCAGACCUGCAGCGAUUCUCAGGGGAGAUGACCGGUCCCACCCUCACACACCUGUGGAGCCUGCUGAGAGUGCUGGACACGUGUCUGCUGCUGGACCUGCUGAAGCACACCAAGGCAGCGCCGCUCUCUGAUCUGCUCUGGUUCAGGCGCCAUGCCUGCCUCACUUCCGCUCCUCCACUGCUCCCUCCCCUCGUUCCUGCAUUCGCUUCCAAGCUUCUAACUCAUUCAAGUCUCUGUCAUCUAAACCUGAAGACUUCUUUUGAGGCGCCUCAAAAAACUCAUUCAGGUCUCUGUCAUCUAAACCGGAAGACUUCUCCCCGUUUCCUGCAUCCCCUUCCACCCUUCUCCCCCUUUCCUGCAUCUCCUUCCACCCUUCUCCCCCUUUCCUGCAUCUCCUUCCACCCUUCUCCCCAUCUUCCCUCUUCCCCCUUGCUGUUUUCUGCACUUUCCUGGCCGCCUGACACCAGAGCGGUGCAGAGUGGUCGAGUCAAUGCGGAGAGCGGUUCUGACACUGACAGCGACCUGGAGGUACGCCAAUGGCAGGCGGUUGAUGUUGCGUCUCGGAUAAACGUUCAUCGUAUCUUAGUAUGCGUGUGCUUUUCGCCCUUUGAGGAGACAUGCAGUGUGGAGGAGUUCUUUGUGCAGCUGAUGGUGGUGGCCACGGGCACCAUAGAGAGCGGCCGCACUCUGCUGUUCGCAGAUCGUCUCAUGCUGCUGCGUGUGCUGCCGGUGCUCAUAUCGCUCGCUGCCCGCACCGAGGCCGAGGCAGACACGCUGUUCCGCCGGAGAGUGAAGCUCGACCGCCUUCUCAGACUCUUCAAGCGUGAACCCCUAGUGGCGGGCUACAAGGAGGUACCAUUCGCCCUCGCGUCUCUCCUGCCAGACCUCUCGCCCUUCUUCCGCAAGCUGUGUGUUGAGAAGGGCGUGCUGCUGCCCGUGCCCAGCAACAUGGACGCUAAGGAAGGUGCGAAGGGAGGGGUGCAAUGUGGUGCAGAGGGAUUGCUGUCAUCACUGCUAUCUCAUUGCAAGCUGUGUGUUGAGAAGGGCGUGCUGCUGCCCGUGCCCAGCAACAUGGACGCUAAGGAAGGUGGGUGA